AUGAGUGGGAACCCCCUUCGUCGUCCAUCCCAUCUCGAGGGGGCCUCGGCCAUCGCAGAGAAUGGGAUGGCUCCCGUUCGAUCCGAAUGGCCAGCCCCUGGAUACCCGCACUCUCUCCCGUUGGACUUGGCCGCCAACAGCGAAACGAUCUCUGACCGCAGAGCCAUCCGUGGUCCUCCUCCAGGCGACCGAUCCACCCCUGCCAAAGUUGCGAUCCCCAGAACCACACGCCCUCUCAACGCGACGACCAGUGGCCGCGUGGGGCGAGCCUGUGAGAAUUGUCGGGAACAAAAGGCCAAAUGCAGUGGGCAGAGACCUUGUCAACGCUGUCACGAUAACGGCGUCCAGUGCUCCUAUAGCGAUAGGAAGUGUGAAAAGACCCAGAAGCAGGUGGAAGACUUGACAGCGCAAGUGCAAAUGUAUGAAGCUUUGGUGCGAGAUUUAUACCCGAAACUCGAUGCCGAGUCCGCCCAGCUAGUUGACCUGACACUCGGCGGCCGAUUAGCCCGGGGCGCUGCUCUGUCCGCCUUGAAGCCCACAGGAACCGCCCAUCCCGGAAUCACUAUCGGUCACACCGAGGAGGAUUUCAACCGCGAUGAAAAAGUCCAGGCUAUGGGGUUUGUGGGCGACCAUUCGGAGAUAGCAUGGUUGUACGAACUCAAACGUGACCUCGACCAUGGUCAUGUCCGCGCCGGCGAGAAUCCCUGUCGACCCCCGAUCUCAUCCCUCAACUACUUCCAAGACGACUUGGACUUCCCAGGCCUCGAAGAUGACCCUCUUCCCCAACCACCACAACACAUCGAGGCCCAGCUGGUGGAUAACUAUUUCCAAGCCGUGCAUCCUGCGUUUCCUAUCAUCGGAAAGGUAUUCUUCUUUAGUCAAUACCGGUAUUUCUGCGCGAAUCAAAAUGUGCGACCAGGGGACCGAUGGAUUGCGAUUCUGAAUCUGGUGUUUGCCAUCGCAGCCAAGCAUUCGAUACUGGUCAAGAACCAACAUGACGAAACAUGUUAUAGUCAUACGGCAUACUUCGCUCGUGCCUGGAAAUCAAGCAUGGGUGCCGCCUCGUUGGAAGAUCAUCCGAAUCUUCAGCAAGUCCAAGUUGAAGGCCUGGCUGCAUUUUACCUCCUCUCCAUAGGACAAGUCAAUAGAUCAUGGCGAAUAUUGGGAAUGGCGAUUCGAUCGGCAGUCUCCAUGGGCCUCAACCUACGGAGCGGGACAGAUAGUGUCGCGGAAGUCUCAAAGGAGACUCGAUAUCGUGUGUGGUGGGCAUUGUUUGUAUUGGACACUGUGCUGUGUGAGAUAACUGGCCGGUCCCCAAGCACCCAGGAUAGCUUCUGCACCACCCCUCUGCCGAUCCCGUAUAAAGAGGAGAAUUUUGGGGACAAAUGGGUAAGGCAACUUAUCGCAGACCAAGAUGUUCGAAAUUCCCUCGUCACUUCCUUGCUCUCCUCGAAUGAAGCCACUCCGGAUACAGAAGACCCGAAAAGAGGCGCACGCCCGGUCAAACCUGCUAACGAUCAAAUUAUUAUGACCGAGACGCUCACACCAAAUACUUCUCUGCACCUUCUGUAUGUGGUGGACCUAGCAUUUCUCACUCGAGAAGUCAUUGAGACCUUGUAUGCUCCCGGAGCAGCCCAAAGAUCCUGGCCAGAGGUAGAGUUUGCGAUAUCUAACUUCAACAACACUGCAGACAACUGGCUCUCUCGCCUUCCAGCAGAGUUCCACUUCGAACAGUCGGGAAAAGUGCUUCCCUUUGCUCGCCAGCGGAGUAUCCUGGGCUUCCGCUUCUACGCCACCAAGCUUCUGAUCUCUCAGCCCUGUCUGCGCCGUCUUGCUUAUCCAAUAACCGGCGCCGGCCCUCCUAGUGCUUUUUGCGGUCUCAUGGCAAAAAUAUGCGUCCGGAAAGCUGGCCAGAUGUUGAGUCUGCUUCCAGACAGACCAAGCACGCUCUGGAUUUAUGAAAUUUCCCCUUGGUGGUGUAUGCUGCACUACAUCAUGCAGGCUAGUACCAUCCUCCUGAUCGAACUCUUCACCCGCACUCAACCCGGAACUGCCGAAGCUACCGAUCUCGUUGGGAACCUAGAAAAAGCCAUUCUUUGGCUGCGUAGGAAAUCUGUCCAUGACCCCUCCUCAGAAAAAGCUUGGCAUGUCUGUGUAGACAUCUUAUCGAAGCACGGUGGACAUUUUGGCUUCAAGAUUGAUGUUGAGCUCUAG